AUGCCGGUUGCGGGCUCCGUGAUGCAGUCCGCCGCUCCGCAGCAGGGCGCGGAGGCACCGCCGCACGGGGAGCUGCAGUACCUGAAGCAGGUGGAGCACAUUAUGCGCUGCGGUUUCAAGAAGGAGGACCGCACGGGCACUGGAACCUUGUCGGUGUUCGGCAUGCAGGCGCGAUACAGCCUGAGAGAUGAAUUUCCUCUGCUCACAACCAAACGAGUGUUCUGGAAGGGUGUUUUGGAGGAGCUGCUGUGGUUUAUCAAGGGAUCCACAAAUGCUAAAGAACUGUCCUCCAAGGGAGUAAGAAUCUGGGAUGCCAAUGGGUCCCGAGAUUUUCUGGACAGCCUGGGGUUCUCUGCACGGCAGGAAGGGGACCUGGGCCCCGUUUAUGGUUUCCAGUGGAGACAUUUUGGAGCAGACUACAAAGAUAUGGAUUCAGAUUACUCGGGUCAAGGAGUUGACCAGCUGCAAAAAGUGAUCGACACCAUCAAAACCAACCCUGAUGACAGAAGAAUCAUCAUGUGUGCCUGGAACCCAAAAGAUCUUCCCCUGAUGGCACUGCCUCCCUGCCAUGCCCUCUGUCAAUUCUAUGUGGUGAAUGGGGAGCUGUCUUGCCAGCUUUACCAGAGGUCAGGAGAUAUGGGCCUGGGUGUGCCCUUCAACAUUGCCAGCUAUGCCCUGCUCACCUACAUGAUUGCACACAUCACGGGCCUGAAGCCAGGCGAUUUUGUCCAUACUUUGGGAGAUGCACAUAUUUACCUGAAUCAUAUUGAGCCACUGAAAAUUCAGCUUCAGCGAGAGCCAAGACCUUUCCCAAAGCUCAAAAUCCUUCGAAAAGUUGAGACAAUUGAUGAUUUCAAAGUUGAAGACUUUCAGAUUGAAGGUUAUAAUCCACAUCCAACGAUCAAAAUGGAAAUGGCUGUUUAG